AUGGAUUUCACCCAGCCCACUCAGACCCAGCCCACCCAGCAGGCCCCUGAAACACAGCUAGGUGACCGGCUUAAUGGUGAUACCAACUUGAUCUGUCGUUUAAUAUGCACUACGGGUCAAUAUAGUUACUUCGAUUUGACAAAGACAAAGGAUGAUCGAACAUGGACUGUGGGUAGAAACGGCACCUGUGACUUUGUGUUGAGCACAAGUACACGGCUAUCGAACAAACAUUUCAAAAUAUGGUUUAAUGAGGGCGAUAAGACGACUUGGAUCCAGGAUACCUCUACUAAUGGAACCCAUUUGAACAACAGCAGAUUGGUGAAAGGUUCCAAUUAUAUGCUAAAUCAAGGAGAUGAAAUAGCCGUAGGUGUUGGUGUGCCUAAGGACGUUGUAAGGUUUGUGGUGUUGUUCACGGAUGAGUUCAAUCCAGCCAAAGUCGCUGGUUCGAGUGCCGAUAAUAGCGAGCUGGGCAUUCAUAGUGACUUCAUAAUACGCCAAGAAGCCAUUGGCCAGGGUGCGUUCGCCACCGUGAAGAAGGCGAUAGAAAGAUCUACUGGAGACUCGUAUGCUGUGAAAAUCAUAAACAGAAGAAAGGCACUCAAUGCUGGAGGAGCCAUGGUGGGUGUCGAUCGUGAGCUUCAGAUUCUUCGCAAACUUCACCACCCCAACAUUGUGGCCCUUAAAUCGUUCUACGAAGAUAUGGACAACUACUAUCUCGUCAUGGAACUUGUGCCUGGCGGAGAUUUGAUGGACUUUGUGGCUGCCAAUGGUGCAAUUGGCGAAGAUGCCACCCAGGUUAUCACUAAGCAAAUCCUCGAGGGAAUCUCAUAUGUGCACAAACUAGGUAUUCUGCAUCGAGAUUUGAAACCGGACAAUAUAUUAAUCAUGCAAGAUGACCCCAUUUUGGUGAAAAUUACCGACUUUGGCUUGGCCAAGAUUAGCGACAAUGCCACUUUUAUGAAAACUUUUUGUGGAACGCUUGCAUAUGUGGCCCCUGAGGUUAUUACUGGAAAGUUUGACUCGUCUCAAGAUUCCUCAAGGGCAAACUACUCGUCGCUAGUUGACAUUUGGUCGCUUGGUUGCCUCGUUUAUGUGCUUCUUACAUCACAUCUUCCCUUCAACGGUAAAACACAGGCACAAAUGUUUCAAAAAAUAAAACAGGGAGAGUUUCACGAGUCUCCUCUUAAUUCAUAUAACGUAUCUCCAGAGGGCCGAGAUUUCCUAAGAGCAUGCUUGCAAGUCGACCCACGACAGCGAAUGACAGCCGAGCAGGCAUUAAAGCACAACUGGUUAAGUGCUCUAGACUCGUAUACUGAAGAGCUGCAAAAAGUGUUGAGCUUAUCACAAUCACAGUCCCAGCAGUCAAGAAAGGUGGACAAUGGUAUACCUAUCACGGAUCCAAUCAGCAAAAUAGAUGAGGAAUUGAUGUUAAGACCCUUGGAUAGUGAGCGAAACAAGAAGAAAAACAAUAAUGAAUUCAAGGUGCCAAAGAGAGUUGUACCAAUGCCUCAAUCGCAACCACCUAAAUUCAGCCAGGAUUCGCAAAAGAAUGGACCUUCACCUGUCAAGAGAGGUAGAUCUGAAGAAGACAAUUCACCAUUGAAGAAGCAAAAAACAAUAGAGCCAGUUACUUUGGCGGUACCUAAUGGUGUCAGAGAACUUUCGCAGCCUCAUUCAGUCAAAUCACCAACUCGCAGUGAUACACCAAAAGAUACAUUUAUACAUCUCAAACCAUUGAAGGACUCCAUUGCCCACGCUCCUAUAUUCAUAAGGCAAGGAGUUAAUCCGUACGCAGUAGGGCGGAACGAAACAUGUGAUACGUUCAUUAACGACGACCGAAUGUCUAAAAUACACUGUUUGUUCAACAAAAAGAGACACCCAGUGUUUGAAAAAUCAAUCUAUGAAAGUCCCGCUCACUGUUUAGAUGACGUAUGGCUACUAGAUUUCAGCACAAAUUCGUGCUUGGUGAAUGGUGUUGUCUUGGGGAAGGGUAAGAAAGUGCAGUUAUUCAAUGGUGAUCAAAUUGCUUUCUUUCAAGAUGGUACAACGCACGAAGUUCUUGGAUUUGAAGUUGAUAUUCAUGACCCAACCGGUCUCUUCAAUGGAGGAGAACGACUUCCUGAAAAUGACCCAAAAUUUGUUAAUGUAAUGAGACAAGAUGCAGCUGACUUGAAACUUCGGCCAAAGGUAGUACUAGAGCUGGCAGUUGCAGAACGGGGUAUGACUUCCAACCCAGUCAAGAUUGCUUAUGGUACGGGCGGAAGCUUAAAUCUGGUACUUCGGCACCAACGCAAGAGAAUAGACGAAGAAACGAAAGUGCCUGGAGGAAGCCAAACAUUGAAGCGAGCCAGUCUCCAAAUAGGACAGCAGCGGCCCACGAACUCAUGGAUAGGAUAG